UAAAAGAAAGUCUUUUUGUACUGAAUUUAAUAAUAUUUUCCAGAAUUUUCUAACAAGGAUUUCUUUUCCACAACCCCAAACACAGAAAUUUUCAAUGAAGCAAGAUAAGGGCACAGUAAAUGUGACCAGGAAUUUUCCCCAUCAUCUUUCCGUUCAACCCGUUCCAAGUCCCGAAUCCAAACCAUGGCUUCCACCACUCCGCUCAAAUCCUCCAUUGCCUCCCUCUCCAAAACCCUCAAAGCCCGUCUCCGGGCCGGCGAUACCCUCUACGGCCUCUUCUUCCUCAGCUUCUCCCCAACCCUCGCCGAGAUCGCCGGCCACGCCGGCUAUGAUUUCGUCGUCGUCGACAUGGAACACGGCCACGGCGGGAUCUCUGACGCCCUCCCCUGCCUCCGCGCCCUCGCCGCCGCCCAAACUCCGGCCAUUCUCCGCCUGCCGGAGAACAGCCCCACCUGGGCCAAGAAAGCCCUAGACCUGGGCCCGCAGGGCAUCAUGUUCCCGAUGAUCGACGGCGUCGAUUCGGCGAAGAAGGCCAUCGCUGCCUGCCGGUACCCGCCGGCAGGCGUCCGCGGGGCGGCGCACCCGGUGGUGAGGGCUUCCAAGUACGGAAUCGACGCGGAGUAUCUGGACAGGUGCGAGGAGGAGCUGCUGGUGAUGUGCCAGGUGGAGACGGAGGAGGGAGUGAAGAAGGUUGAGGAGAUUGCGGGCGUCGAAGGGGUGGACUGCAUUCAGAUGGGGCCGUUGGAUCUGAGCGCCAGCAUGGGGCACCUGCGGGACCCUGGGAACGGGAGGGUGACGGAGGUGAUGCGGGCGGCGGAGACGGCGGUGUUGGAGAUGAAGGCGAAGAGAGAGGGCGGGGCCGCCCCUUACUUGGCCGGGUUUGCGAUGGCACACGACGGCCCAGUGGAGCUGAAGAGACGGGGGUACCACAUGGUGUCCGGCGGUGUGGAUGUGGGGAUUUUUUCCAGUGCAGCCGUGGAGGAUGUGAGGAGAUUCCGCAUGGCCAUAUGAUCCACCUGGACGGAUGUAUGAUCCUUCUUUAUUUUUAAUUAGUUUAUUUUUAUUUUUAAUGUAUUAUGAAAUUUGUAACAUAAAAGUUUAAUGCACGAGCAUACUUAAAAGUAUCAAUUUCCAUUGAAAUGUCUAAA